AGGUGGCGCUGUGCAACUAUGAUUAGACUUUGCGUUACGUGACGGAAAAGUGUCUGUGAUCCAGAUCCAUGUGCUGAGACGUACCAGGCAGUCUCUAAGUACCUAGAGGUCGUGCAAGUGGAGCUGUCUUUUAUGUAGUUCUCGUAUUUUGUGCGUUUUACUCGAUCUGUGUUUUUAAAUUGUAGCACAGAGCAACGUGAUUUCUGCGUGAUAAGACUGAGAGCCUACAGUUCUCCCUGGAUUUUACAGACAAACGGAGAGAUGUCAACUAACCUAAGUGCACCGGACGGAAAUGAAAACACGAGCCAAGUUAUUAGGAUCGGAACCAGAAAGAGCCAGCUGGCCCGUAUACAGACGGACAGCGUGGCCGAGAAACUUAAGCAGCUGUAUCCAGAAGUCACCUUUGAGAUAGUUGCUAUGUCUACCGUUGGAGACAAAAUACUGGACAAAGCCCUGUCUAAGAUUGGGGAGAAGAGCCUUUUCACAAAGGAGCUGGAGAACGCUCUGGAAAGGAAGGAGGUGGACCUGGUGGUGCACUCCCUGAAAGAUCUCCCCACCUCAUUGCCACCAGGCUUCACCAUCGCAGCUGUGCUCAAACGCGAGACUCCUUAUGAUGCCGUGGUUCUCCAUCCGAAGAACGCAGGCCUGACCCUGGAUACGCUGCCAGUGGGAAGUAUGAUCGGCACCAGCUCCCUACGCCGGGCAGCCCAGCUGAAAAGGAGGUUUUCUCACCUGGAGUUCAAGAACGUCAGGGGGAACCUGAACACGCGCCUUAAAAAGCUGGACGAGAGUGACGAGUACUCCGCCAUCAUUCUGGCAGCGGCAGGCCUUCUCCGCAUGGGCUGGGAGAAUCGGAUCAGCCAGAUCCUGGAUCCUGAAGAUUGCAUGUAUGCUGUGGGCCAGGCGACUUUGGCGGUGGAAGCCAGGGCUGGGGACGAUGACAUCAUGGAGAUGCUGUCUGUGCUGAAUGACCCGGAGACGGUGCUGCGCUGCAUUGCAGAGAGGGCCUUCCUCAGGCACCUGGAGGGCGGCUGCAGCGUGCCGGUCGCAGUGCACUCCGAGGCAAGGGGCCCUCAGUUGUCCUUAACUGGAGCCGUCUACAGCCUUGAUGGGUCAGACUGUGUGAAGGAGACCAUGCAGACCAGCAUUGACACAUCAAAGGGGGAAGACGAGGAGGUGCACAGGAAUGCAUCCCACGUCGGGGUCAUGGCCCCCGGCCUGUGGAUGGCGUCUCGCGAUGCGGCCGAGCGCCUUGGGGUGGACCUGGCCUCACUUCUCCUCCAAAGGGGAGCCAAGGACGUUCUCACCCUGGCCAGGAGGCUCAAUGAUGCACGGUAACC